GUUGCGUCCAUCUUGUCACAUGAUAUCGAGGUUGACGUUGUCUCAACUAUAAAUGUGUUGCCCUGCUCGUGUGUGAAAGUGUACCUGUCUGUUUAUAAUUUCACAUAGUGUUUUUGCUAAAGUCAAACGAAGACAAUGAACAACCUAAUUCGGUCUACAGUUCGCUGUCUUCGGUUGAGUUCAUCGGUCUAUCUACCGAAGCAAUUUGAUGGACAACAUGUAUCGUUGGUGUCCUCGGCCCGGCUCAUGUGUACUGCGGCCUUACAGAAAGACCUUGGCGAUAUUGUGAAGAAGGACAAGGUGGUGGUGUUUAUGAAGGGGACGCCUGCCCAGCCAAUGUGUGGUUUCAGUAAUGCCGUGGUUCAGAUACUGAGGAUGCAUGGUGUGAAUGAAUAUGCUGCAUAUAAUGUGUUGGAUGACCAGGAUCUCAGACAAGGAGUGAAGGACUUCUCCAACUGGCCCACGAUCCCACAGAUAUUCUUAAAUGGAGAGUUUGUGGGCGGCUGUGACAUCCUCCUACAGAUGCACCAGAACGGCGACCUGGUAGAAGAGCUCCAGAAGCUUGGGAUCCGCUCUGUGCUGCUGGACGUUGAGAAAGAAUCCAAGUAGACAAACCAGUCGGUCGGUGUCCAGUUUAGAGAAAGCUGGUGGUUGACUUUUAGCCCCUAGAACCCUAGGCACUUGUGUAGAUCUUAUAUUUGUUAGAUGUAUGUGAAAGCGUACCUUUUAAGCCACAUAGUGAACGUUUUCAGAAGACACUGGCAAGCUGGAGCUACAAGCAUGUUGUGCAGGGAGCCUAGUGGUUAAGAGCAUUGUAACCCAAAAGGUUGCUGGUUCAAAUUCCUGAGCCGACUAGGUGAAAAAUCUAAU